AUGCUGGUGCAGGGCCGUCUCUGGGUCGGAACAAGAAGGGUGACGGCCCGGUGCCCAGGAAAACGGAGGGCCCAGACCUGCUCGAACUUCCCGCCCCGCGCGCCUCCCACCUCCCGCCCCGCGCGCCACCCGCGACCUCACGCCCCGCCCCGCGCCGCCCACCUCCCGCACCGCGCCGCCACCCUCCCGCGCCGCACCGCGCCGCCCACCUCCCCGCCUCGCCCCGCGCCGCCCACCUCCCGCGCCGCCCCGCGCCGCCCACCUCCCCGCACCGCGCCGCCCACCUCCCCGCUCCGCACCGCGCCGCCCACCUCCCGCCCCGCCCCGCGCCACGCACCUCCCGCUCCGCGCCGCCCACCCUCCCGCCCCGCGCGCCUCCCAUCUCCCGCCCCGCGCGCCGCCCGUGAUCCGGCUCUACACUUCGCCGUCGCCCGUUACCCGUCCUACGCGCUGCCAACGCCGACCUCCCGGCCGGUGCGCCGCUGGCAGCGUACUGCCCUGUCGACCGGGCGCCGGAGUUCACCGGGCGCUUGA